CUUGGGAGGUGACUGAACUGUCUUCGGUUUGUUGGGCAGAGAGGAACUUCACAGCUGCUACGGGUGUGGUUUUUAACGUGAUAAAUCUUAAUGAAGAGAAUAGUGCAUAACAUCACUCACACACUGAACGACUAAAUUAUAACUCAGAGGAAGAGGACUAACAUAGCUCAGCGUCACAGUGGUUUAUUGAAUUUUGGUUCAUUGCAAAUUGGCAUCGGAAAUCGAUCUACUCCGCCGUCUUCACAGCUGGAAUACUUUUGCGGAGGUUCCGUGACCCUUUUUCUUGGUCUAAAACGUGAACUUAACUGAUUUUAUUGACGCGCCCUCAAAAUAAAUUGUUGUUACUCAAAGUUUGUGUCCUCGUAAUGACAAACAAAUGACAUUUUUGUGUCGGCUUGGAUAGAAUGUCACUUGAGUUUAAAAAAUAGGCCUUAAACUUGGCUUACAAACGAGGAAACAUCUGGAAUAGAAAAGUGAAUUCAUUUGGAUGCUGGUUUGUGGGUGAAUCAAACUUAUUUUCCAGUCGUAUUUCUCAAAGGGGAAGUUGCAUUUCUCAACCCCACAACACUGGACUGGGAACUAUUUAAAAAAAUAAACACUCACAGGAAUAGAGCCCUAAUUAGGCUACAUCAUUUUUGUGUGAUAUCGUCCCGAUAAACAGCAGUCCUGAAGCGUGCACUUGGAACCAUGGGGUGUACAGUGAGUCAGGAAGAUAAAGCCGCGGCCGAGAGGUCCAAAAUGAUUGACAAAAACCUUCGAGAAGAUGGAGAGAAGGCGGCGAGAGAAGUGAAACUGCUCCUUUUGGGUGCUGGAGAGUCAGGGAAGAGCACUAUUGUGAAACAGAUGAAGAUCAUCCAUGAGGAUGGCUACUCAGAAGAAGAGUGUAAACAGUACAGAGCUGUGGUCUACAGCAACACCAUCCAGUCAAUCAUGGCCAUCAUCAAGGCAAUGGCUAACCUCAAGAUCGACUACGAAGAGGCCGCUCGAGCGGAUGAUGCCCGCCAGCUGUUUGCCCUCUCAGGGGCUGCUGAGGAGCAGGGCAUCCUGCCAGACGACCUAUCGAACGCCAUGCAGAGGCUGUGGGGCGACGGAGGGGUGCAGGGCUGCUUUACGCGCGCCCGCGAGUACCAGCUCAACGACUCGGCUGCCUACUACCUGAAUGAUCUGGAGAGGAUAGCCAAAGCAGACUACAUCCCCACACAGCAGGACGUGCUGCGGACCAGAGUCAAGACCACCGGCAUCGUGGAGACACACUUCACCUUCAAAGACCUGCACUUUAAGAUGUUUGACGUGGGUGGCCAGCGUUCUGAGAGGAAGAAGUGGAUCCACUGCUUUGAGGGAGUCACAGCCAUCAUCUUCUGUGUGGCCAUGAGUGCCUAUGAUCUGGUGCUGGCUGAGGAUGAGGAGAUGAACCGUAUGCACGAGAGCAUGAAGUUAUUUGACUCCAUCUGCAACAACAAGUGGUUCACAGAGACCUCCAUCAUCCUGUUCCUCAACAAGAAGGAUUUGUUUGAGAAGAAGAUCACCCACAGUCCCCUGACCAUCUGCUUCCCAGAGUACUCUGGUCCCAACACAUUUGAAGAGGCACAGGCCUACAUCCAGACCAAGUUUGAGGACCUGAACAAGAAGAAGGACACCAAGGAGAUCUACAGCCACUUCACCCAAGCCACCGACACCAAGAACGUUCAGUUUGUCUUUGACGCCGUCACCGACGUCAUCAUCAAGAACAACCUGAAGGACUGUGGUCUCUUCUAGAGCGAAGCCUGAGGAAGAGUCAAGUCUUCCUUCAGAUUACUUGAACAGCUCUGAUGACCAGAAGGAAGGAUGGGGAAGACAGACUACACUGGCCAACCACGAUUUCUGCUUUUAUCUGCUUUUUUUUAAAGACACCUAAGAGACUGAGAACUCGGAGAGCCUUGCAGAAUUUCAAUGAUUGCUGAUCCAGUUGCUCGUAAUUGUUAACUCUUUCGGUUAAAACCAUGAAUCAAACAUUUAUUGUCUUUUUUGUUUUGUUUUUCUUUGUUUAUUUUCAAUUAUUAGAGGAGAAAAUUGAAAAGUUUUUAUUAAAUGCUUUCAUGUUACUUUACAAAAUCUGAUGUGCAAAUUCCAUUAAACUUUUAAUCACAUAAGGCAUAUUUUUUUAAAGAAGCACAGGCAUGAAUAGAGAAUAUGAAUCGAAAAAGGAAGUGCUUUUUUAAAUAAUGUUUACAUAUGUUCCUCAUUCAUAGCCAAACCGCAUAUUGUUCUUGCAUGACACAAGAUAUAUUAGCUCUGUAAUCUGCACAGAAUAUUUUAACAUUCCUUUAAGAAAAUAUAAAUAAAAAAAUAUAAAAAAGUAAAAUGAAAAAAAGCUUCACAACCAGGGGAAAGAAUAGCAAAAAUUCUAACUGAUAUUUAAAAUAUGUACUUAACAUUGUUAUUUUUUUAUAUUACCAUUUACAUGUCUUUUGCAAUAUGUUUGUUCCUACACUUCAGUUUACAACUGAUUCUUAGAUAUACUUUUAUCAGUACUGUUUGACCGACUGUAUGCAUACAUUUUUCUUCCAUGUUCGUCAAACCAUCUUAAGAAUAAAUAGUUCAUAAGGAAAUACAAAAUCUAAUUGAGAGAUAGGUUAGGGAUUUUGGUAAAUAUUAAAAUGUUUUAAAAGUCCUUAUAUGAUUAUUUAAUUUAAAUAAAAAUAGCACCUGACACACUU